AGCGAGAGAGAGAGAGAGAGUGAGAGAGAGAGAGAGAGAGAGAGAGAGAGAGAGAGAGAGAGAGAGAGAGAGAGAGAGAGAGAGAGAGAAGAGAGAGCGAGAGAGCGAGAGAGAGAGAGAGAGAGAGAGAACAAGAGAGAGUGAGAGAGAGAGCAAGAGAGAGAGAGAGAGAGAGAGAGAGAGAGAGAGAGAGAGAGAGAGAGAGAGAGAGAGACAGAGAGCCCAUGGUAUAUAAGGCUCUUCCACCCAUCCUAGAGUUCAUUAUUUAG